AUGGCGGAGUCGGAUCUGAAGGCGGUGUCCGAUAGCUUCGAGGGCCUCGAAGGUAUGAAUCUGCCGGUGGCAGCAUUCGUGGAAGCCUUCAAGACGAACCCAGUGCUGGUUCGGAAAAUCGCAUUGGUCACGGGCUUCGAGGAACAUCUCCUGAAAUUGAUUCCCCAAGAGGAGCUACUGUCGACUUUCGCACAGUGGGACACGGAGGGGUCCGGCAAUCUCAGUUUCGAGAACUUCGUGCAAGGCCUCUCGAAGAUGCGACAGUUUAACCGAAGUGCCACUGAGCAGGCUGAAGUUGCCGAAGAGCAGGCAGUGCUGGACGCCUCUGUCCAAGAGGCCAAAGCAGCUUUUCUCGCUGCUGGUGGAGGGCAAGGAAGCGAACUGGAUUUGCAGGCUUUUCUGGUGGCCCUUUCUGAUGCGACACUCGUGGUUAAGAUCGCAACAGCAACGGGGCUGCCGACCUCUUUUUUUGAAAGUCUUUCCGUGCGCCAGCUGCUGGACCUUUUCAAAGAAGUGGACCUCGACUGCUCUGGCACGGUCUCACUGGAAGAGUGGAUUGAAGCCCUCGUGCGGAUCCGAAUGACAAUCUACGAUGAGCGAAAGGCAGAGAUGGAUGCGGCCAUGGAUGCAGUCAGAACGCAUGCAGAGGCAGCAUUAAAUGAAGGCGACGAGGAUUGGUCCGGUGAGUUCGACUUCCGGGAGUUCAUUGUCGCCUUCAAGUACAACCCGACUUUCCUGCGAAAGGUCUCCUUGGCGACGGGCAUUUCGGCGGAAGAGUUGGGAUCCAUGCAGGACGAGUCCAUCGAGGAUCUAUUCCUGGCUUUGGACACCGAUUUUUCAGGAACAGUUUCCUUCGCCGAGUUUGUCAAGGGUCUCGCGCAGAUUCGUUUGAUCCGCAAGGCCCGCGUGGACCAAGAGCGGCAGCAGCAAGAAGCAGCGAUGUUGGACGAAGCCCUUUCGAUUGCCGCAGAAGCCUUUGAAUCGGCUGAUUUUGACCUGCGCGGGGAGCUGGAUCUGCAGUCCUUCAUGCAGGCCCUGGGCAAUACCAAGGUGGCAGAAAAGGUGUCUCAGGCAACGUCUGUGCCCACAGAAUGGUUCUUGUCCUUAGACGUGGGUCAGAUGGUUCAACUCUUCCAGGACAUCGAUGCCGACGCCAACGGCAAGGUGUCCUUCCAGGAGUGGAUUCUCGCUCUCCUUCGAGUUCGCCAGGCGAACCAGGAGGAUCUCAAGGCGGAGCGACAGCAGGAGAUGGCAGCCAUCGAAAGCUUGGUGGAAGAAGCCUUGGAGGAAGGAGAUGAAGAUUGGUCUGGUGAGUUGGACUUCCGAGAGUUCAUCGCUGCCUUCCGCUGCAACCCGCGCUUUGUGAGGAAGGUCGCGCUUGCAGCAGAUACCACUGUCGAAGAUCUCAGUGGCCUCGAAAACGAGGACCUGGAGCAGUUCUUUGCUGUCUUAGAUACGGACCGCUCCGGCACCAUCUCUUUUGACGAGUUUGUUAACGGCUUGCUUGAUAUCCGCUUAAAGCGGCAUGCCUACGCCAGGGAGCAGGCAGAAGCCGAGAACCAGGCAGUUAUCGAUGUGGCCUAUUUGGAUGCUCUGGACGCUUUCAGCCAGGCAGGCAGCGCUAAUUGA